AGAGAGGUCUUUUCUGCCCAACAGAGCGUGAGUUUCCCGCCAAAGUCUGUAUCGAUCUGCUGUAAUUGCGGAGUGGUUGUCGGUACCAGGCUUCUGUCGCGGACCACCAUCACUGGAAAUAGCUCAGUGGAUUAUUGGUAAAUACCGCCCCGGCCGUGUCUUCUGCUGCAGUUUAGGCAAGGCAGAGCUUCAGUCAGCAGACAUCGGUGCAGAGGUGCUCUUGUUGUAAGAUGACUCUUUGACGUUCCACUCUACAUCUCUGUAGUGACUGAAACUGUCGUCUGCUUAUUAGGUCUGUCCAGUGCACUGUUGUCGACGUUGUUUGAAGAAGGCGGGUAGAUUGGGAGGAUGCUGAGAAGUGCUAGUAUUACGUGUUAAACCAGUCUACAUUAAUUCGGCGUUGAUCGCUAGAUCAGCCCCUUAGGACAUUACUCAAAUCGCUUCAACAAGAUGGCGACUGAUUUCGACGCUGAAGAAACUCCGGCGUCUGAGGGCUACCCCCAGCCCACAGAAGACCGUGAGUACCAACACACCGCCAAACGUCUCAAUUCCGGCCCCCCUAACCCUGCACGACCACGGGACCUCAUCGACACUUUAUUUACCGUGGUCAACAGGGAUUUACUCAUAUGCAAACUAUUCUAUUUCUUCUUCUUCGGGGCCUUUGGCUCCUUGUUUCCCUUACUUGCCAUUUAUUUCAAGCAGCUUGGUAUGAACCCAUCACAGAGCGGUGUUCUUAUAGGAUUUCGUCCUUUCAUUGAGUUUCUCAGUGCGCCUUUCUGGGGUGGUAUUGCAGACAGAUACAAACGCGCAAAGGAACUUCUACUCUUCUCCUUGUUUUGUUGGAUCAUAUUUACCUUGGCCAUAGCCUUCGUGACUCCCCCUGCUGAACGAUGCAUCAACAACAACGGCACUCACGACAUCCUCAUCACACCACUGGGACGGGAGAGACGGGAGACAUCCUUCCACUUCGAGGAACACCUUGGUAUGGCCAGGAACCUGUACACCCCUCACCACGACGAGAAGGAGAGUAUUCUGGUGAUGCGUCACAGACGUGGGACAGGUGAGAGUCCCCGCCGACUUGACCAUACCAAGUACGCUAAUGCCAAUGAGUCUGACGUUAAAGGCCUGUUGCAUUCGCCAUUCAGCACUAUCGUGUAUCGAGAAGACGAAGUCCAGGAAGUGUUCUUUAUUCUUCUGCUACUUGUUGUUAUUGGAGAAUUCUUCAGCGCACCUGCCAUAACAUUCGCAGAUUCUGUUACUCUAGCUGUUCUGGGUGAUGACACAGAAAACUACGGAAGACAAAGAAUGUUUGGAUCGCUUGGAUGGGGCUUAUCUAUGUUCUUCGUUGGUCUUGCUCUGGACCACUCCACCACCUUCCCUCAACAUCCCUGUGGAACACAACACCAUGCUGAGAAGAACUACGUGGUUUGUUUUGCUGUGUUCACUGUGCUCAUGAGUUGUGCCUUCAUCACGGCCUUGCAGUUCCGAUUUGAUCACCAAGGUCAAGGUCGUGAAAUAGUUCUCUCUCAGAUUACUAUGAAGGUGAAGGACAAAGUUAAACAGACAAUAACAGGCAUUAAGAAAAUUGACAGAGAGAGACUUAUAGAAGAGGACGACGAUGAUGCAUACUUCCAUGCUGAAAUUGAGAAACAAAAACUCAGGAGCUGGAACAGCGACAGCAACAAGAAUGGCAGCAACAACAGCAACAGCAACAACAGACCUCUUCAGAUAAGUCUUGGGAAGGACCAUGACAUGGUAACUGAUGCCUUGAAGGCGCCAGGAGCUGUGGCCCCCGGGGACUAUGACUACUCUGGAGACCCCUUCAUGAGUAAGUGGAUGACCGUCAUCAGGAUGCUGGGGACAUACAAGUACAUCUCGGUUCUUUUCAUCGCCUGGUUUAUGGGUUUUGGAAUCGGCAUCAUCUUCACAUUCCUGUUCUGGCACCUUCAGGAUCUGGGUGGCAGUCCAACACUGUUCGGCCUGGCCUCUGUCAUCAACCACAUAUCAGAGCUUCUAGCCUACUUCAUGAGUACCAAGUUCAUCGCUUCAUUCGGUCACGUGAGGGUGCUGUAUGCCGGUCUCCUUGGCAACAUUUUGAGGUUUAUGUACAUAUCAUGGCUGAAAAACCCAUGGUGGGUUCUCCCGUUCGAGUUCGUCCAAGGCCUGACACACGCUGCAGUGUGGGCGGCAUGCUGUUCCUACAUCACCCAGGCUAUUCCCAAGUCCCUCAGGGCAUCGGCUCAGGGCAUCCUUGUGGGCCUGCACCACGGACUUGGGCGGGGCUGUGGCGCAGUGUUCGGCGUGCUCAUUNGCAUCCUCGUCUAUCACUACGGCAGCGAAAUAACGUUUCGGGUAUAUGGCGUGUGUUGCAUCAUAAUCCUGGUGGUAUACCUCGGCGUCAACUACUUCCUCGAGGACCGGGGCUUCUUCUCCCACGGGGGCAGCAGCAAGAUGACACAUCAGAUCCUGGAGGAGAAUACCCAUCUUGCACCACAUGGAGUGCCUUCCGGUAUGGCACGUGACCUGUCCAGCAGUAAGCUCGAUCAAGAAACCCUGAAUACAGACUACGGCGCGACGACAUACGACGGCCUCAACACCUUGCCAGUGAAGAGCCCAGGUACUGGCCCCAGAGGUUUCGCAAAUGGAAACUAUAGAGGCUUUGACGAUGGAGCCUUUUCUCAGGGCUAUCAACAAGGAGGACAGGACAGUCUGCUGAUGCAAGAGCCGCCCAACAUCCCCACCCAGAUAUACCAGCAGCAGCCGUACAACACAUACGACCAGGGUUACGGGCCCUGAACAGGGGCACAUAACUCAAGCCCGCUCUUGAACUUCAUAUUCUACAAGCUCAGUCGUAUACUGUAGUUAGUUCAACAAGAUAUCGAAAGAAGUCACGCAGAAAAGCAGCAUUAAUGUAGAUACUGUGUGUAGUUAGAUAUUCACUCGUCGAAAUCGAAAUAACGGUUUCACAUAGAAGUCUAGCAGACCUUUCCACUGUUAUCAUAGUUCUUCGAGUGACACGUGGUGGGACUAACCCUGCGAGCUUAUUACACGAGACAGUUGUGAUGCCAUCAUCUGCUGACGUCAGCUUCCUAUGAAGAUCGGCUGUCAUGGUAACCACGGAAAUGUCGAUAUGGUUCCUGUGGUUCGAUUUAGGAAGUGACCACGGGUUGGUUGAUAAGCCCGCUACUGGAGGAAGACAAGUGUCAAAGAGUUGGCUAAAAGUAAGCACAGUAUGGUUGACAGGGUAACCACGGACAAAGCGACAACAUAUCGCUGUAACGAGAUAACCAUCUUGGAGUUAUCAAGAUGGAUCCGUUCGCAUGAUACAGUCGGUCUACCAAAUACCUCCCACGCUCCGCAAACCUGAAAAAAGGUCCAUGCCAAAGCGUUAUCGAUAUGUAAUGCAUAAAACAAUAUAUAAACUAAUGAUUUUACAGGGUGUCAUGAAGGUACAUCACCUAUGUUGAUUCUGAGAUGAGUUUUACUAAGAUGCAUCAGCCCUAUUGAUCGUGAAAUGGUUUUAUGAAAGUCUAUAAACUGGUGAUCUUGAAAUGAUAUUCUGAAGGUGUAUCAACUCAGCUACAUCUGGUGUGGAGACAGCAAGAGAUCUCGAGAUUCCACUGCCCAACACAUUAUGUGAUGCUUAGCCCCAUAACCUAUCAAACGAAGCUUACAGAUCAUGCGUAUAGUCACCUUGUGUAUAGUCUGUUUAGUGCGGAUUGAACAUGCAAGGAAGUCAUAUCAAAUUGUCAGUGGCGGUUAUGCACUUAUGAAGCUAUGCCUCGUGGGCGUCACUGUCCACAGUAUAACCAGAGCUAUAGAUAUCAUGUUGCUGUCGGUGGGCCAGGAUUGGCCGUUGCCUGUCACUGGACAGCGACUUUAGCCAAAGCCAACGAACUGUAGAUAGGCGAAGUCUGUGCCCACCCAGUGAGAUCGUCACAUGAAUGUAGAUAGAGUAAUGAAAUGUGUGUUGUGAGGUACCAUAGAACAGUAUGCAUGUUGGAUUUCAAGAUUCCUGGUCAUUCAUUACAUCAGUACGAGUUAGCAUACUCUCACUAUCCAUAUCCUUACGUUGUCAUACACUCAACCCUCGUACACACAUAGUUGAGACUCGCGGAGGAAUACUAUAUCACAUGCAGAAAGUCUGUCGUUUAUUUAUCAACAUGGUUAAUAUUUGAGUUUUCGAAAAAAAUAUUUUUGUUGAGCCUGAGUAUUCGCCAAUGAAAACAUCACGCUAGAGUUAUUUCCUUAAACCGAGACCGGUCGCCUCAGUGGUAGAGGUUCCGGACAAAUGGGUUUCCCGAGUUACGAUGUGACACUCGCUACGUAGAAUGUGUACUGAAUGGGAGGGCGAUCCCUGUCGUGUUUACGUAUAGUAUGUCCCGGCACCGUGAUGUAUACAGACCACACGUCACAUUUAUGUCUUUCUUAAUUAUGUUGAUGAAGAAUCGGAGACUCUAACCAAUUAUUGAUCCAGAUUUAUAAUGACAUCAAAGUGGUUUGCGAAUGGUGACUCGAACGCAAAUUCUGUAUUACAGACAGGUUGAAACCUGGCCAUCGGAGACUGCGACCAGUUACCGAUCAAGUUUUUAACUGACAUCAGAGUAGUCUCAGUGGUGACCCAAAAUCAAAUUCUGUAUAGCGUCAGGUGAAGACCAGGCCACUGGAUAUCCCAAACACAUGAACUAUUAUGUUUCUGUAAAUAUUCGAAUAUUUUAAAUUUUCGAGUCUUUAAAAGAUUCUUUGUGUACCAACGUUAUUUUGUGGUUCCUCCUUAAGGAGUUGCUUAAAAAAGAAAUUACGCUGAUUGAAAAGUAUAAAUAAAUGGAUGGAACCAAAAAGCGUACCAGGUUUUUCUGCAAGAAACUAUUUAAAAAAAACCCCUCCCAACAGCCCCUCACCGCCCUUCCCUCCCAUAUCGCCAGUCUUCUUUGAGAGGUAGUUUUAAAGUUGUAAAGAUGAAGGAAAACCAUGUUCUAUGGAUAGUCAACUUUAAAGAAACUGACUAUC